AUGUCUAAACACAAAAAUAAUAAAAAUCCACCUACCGGUGAGGAGAAGGCAAGCGAGGUCAGCUCGCUUGGAGGAGAUAGCGAGGGCCAGGUUGGCUCUCGGGUUCGUGGGGAGGCGCUGGCCCCGUCCAGCAAGUCUCGGGCACGGGCCCCGGGGAGGAAGGAGUCGGACUCAGAGUCCGACUCAUCAUUGUCUGGCGUCAGCAUCGCGCUGCGCCACAAAAAAGACCGGGGCGUUUUCAAACGUCCCAGGUUGGAGGAUGGCCGAGAGCCGUCCUCCAUCGAGCAGGAGGCCCCAGCCCCCAAAAUCCCCACGGCUGCGCGGGGUAGGGGCAAGGGGAAGGGCUCCACAAGAGCGGCUGGGAGCCGCUCUGAGCCGGCAGAGCGGCUGGCAGCGGAGGGGAGCGCCCUGGGAAAGGCUGCCCCCUCGGACUCCUCGGAGAUGGAGGUGUCCGGAGGCCCGAGCGUACGGCGCGUAGCGUUCCGCGCGCGCCUCAAAGAGCCAAUAGACCACCACAGACGGGGCCCUAAAGGGCUGAUGUUCAGCCGGGGUUGCGGGGUAAGCGCAAUGAGGUACCGCGACCUCGGCACAGAGCAGGAGAAGGAACAGGGGGGCCGCGGCGACUCCAAGAAAGAGUUUGUAAAAAACAUAGGAAAAAAAUUAAAAGUUAAACGUUCAAAGCGAGACGGUCUGUUUCCGAGUAUUGGUCGGCAGAAAUCGAAAUCGGAAAACCGAGCGAGGAAAGCUUUUAGAACUAUAUCGUUCAUAUUGGGCGCGUUUGUCGUUUGUUGGACUCCGUAUCAUAUACUGGCGCUAGUGGAGGGUUUCUGCACUGACCCGCCGUGCAUUAACAAACAUCUGUACAUGUUCUCGUACUUCUUAUGCUACGCGAACAGUCCUAUCAAUCCGUUUUGCUACGCGCUCGCCAACCAGCAGUUCAAGAAGACCUUCACAAGACUCCUCCGGGGGGACUUUCACAUCACCUAG